UGAAACAAUCACUCUUGCUUCCUUCUUUGCUUCUUCAGAAACCAAAGAAGAAAUAAAUAGCGGCAGAAAAUAAAGAGAAAAAGGGUAAGAGAUGGGAAACUGCCAAGCAAUCGACAGUGCAACUCUAGUGAUACAGCACCCAAACGGCAAAGUGGAUAAGCUCUAUUCGCCGGUCGCCGCCACUGAAAUUAUGAAGAUGAAUCCUGGCCACUACGUCGCACUUCUCCUCACCACCACCUUCUACUCUUCCUCCUCCGCCGCCAACCACAACAACAACAGUAACAUCCCUCUUCGAGUCACGCGUAUCAAACUUCUCAGGCCGACAGAAACUCUUGUUCUUGGCCAUGUUUAUAGACUUGUCACCUCCCAAGAGGUAAUGAAAGGGUUGUGGGCAAAGAAGCAAGCAAAGAUUCAACAGCAACAGCAGCAACGGAGGAAGAAUGGAGAGAUGAUGACAGAAAGAAUUACACGUAAUUCAGAUUUUGAAGCAGUAGUUAGAAGAAGUAGUGAUGAUGGCCAUGUGAAGAACAUGACUAAUCAGGUAAAAAAGGAAGAAGGGCAUCAAAGAUCAAGAAAUCAUCAGACAGCAAUGAAUUCAGGCGGAUCAAAAUCCAGGGCAUGGCAGCCAGCAUUGAAGAGCAUCUCUGAGGCUGGAACCUGAUCAUCACUUCUUCCUCUUUUAUUUUUUAUUUUUCUUGGCUCUCUGCUUCUCUUUAGAUUUAAUUCUGCAAAAUAUUAAUUUAACUUAGACAUGCCAACCCCCCCUCCAAGGGACCCGAAAGUGGGGAAAAAUGAUGAGGAUGGGGAAUGACAGCAAAAUUGCAGUGUACUAAAGGAAAGCAGAUCCAGUCAUCCAGACCAUGUUGUUUCACUCUGUUAUCCAAAUUAACUACACAUACUCAAGUUCUACCUUA